CUCGUUGGCACCCGGGCGUGGCGGCCACGCAGGAUCCGGCUGCCGCUACGCAGGAGUUCUGCUUGGAGAGAGGCCGCCGAGUGAUUUCCGUGAGCUUUCUGGGCAAAAUGGAGGAAGCGCUCAUCUAAACUUGAAUUAUGCUUUCCCACGAUGACAUGAUGGUUCCCGUGCUGAGCUCCAAAAAAGCCAGCGAGCUGCCCGUCAGCGAGGUGGCGUGCGCUCUUCAGGCCAACCUUCAGUACGGGCUGGGCGAGGACGAGGUGGCUCGACGCAGGGUCUUCCACGGCUGGAACGAGUUCAACAUCGGCGAGGACGAGCCGCUGUGGAUGAAGUACAUCUCGCAGUUCAAAGAUCCGCUGAUCCUGCUGCUGCUGGCGUCGGCCGUCAUCAGCGUCCUCAUGCGGCAGUUCGACGACGCCAUCAGCAUCACCGUGGCCAUCGUCAUCGUCGUCACCGUCGCCUUCGUUCAGGAGUAUCGCUCGGAGAAGUCUCUGGAAGAGCUGGGAAAACUGGUCCCGCCGCAAUGUCACUGCAUCCGCCGAGGGCAGCUGCAGCGCGUGCUGGCCAGAGAACUGGUCCCGGGGGACACGGUCUGCCUGACGGUGGGAGAGCGGGUCCCGGCGGAUCUCCGCCUCUUCGAGGCCAGCGACCUCUCCGUGGACGAGUCCAGUCUGACGGGCGAGAAUGCGCCCUGCGCCAAGUCCACCGCGCCCCAGCCGGCCGUCGGCAACGGCGACAUCGCAUCCCGCGCCAACGUGGCCUUCAUGGGCACGCUGGUGCGCUGCGGCAAAGCCAAGGGCGUCGUCAUCGGAACCGGCGAGAACUCUGAGUUCGGGGAGGUCUUCAAGAUGAUGCAAGCGGAGGAGGCCCCCAAGACGCCGCUGCAGAAGAGCAUGGACCUGCUGGGCAAGCAGCUCUCGCUCUACUCCUUCGGCAUCAUCGGGGUCAUCAUGCUGGUGGGUUGGCUGCAGGGCAAGAGGGUCAUGGACAUGUUCACCAUCGGCGUCAGUCUGGCGGUGGCGGCCAUUCCCGAAGGUCUCCCCAUCGUGGUGACGGUGACGCUGGCCCUGGGCGUCAUGCGGAUGGUGAAGAAGAGAGCCAUCGUCAAGAAGCUCCCCAUCGUGGAGACCCUAAGCUGCUGCAACGUCAUCUGCUCGGACAAGACGGGCACGCUGACCAAGAACGAGAUGACCGUCACGCAGAUGUUCGCGUCGGACGGACUCCACGCCGAGGUGACGGGCGUGGGCUACAACGGCGCCGGAGAGGUUUUAGUGGACGGGGAAAUCGCGCACGGCUUUUCUCACCCUUCCCUCGGCAAGAUCGCGGAGGUGGGCUGCGUGUGUAACGACUCGGUCAUCCGGAACGGGACCCUGCUGGGCCGGCCCACCGAGGGGGCGCUGGUGGCCCUCGCCAUGAAGAUGGGCCUGGAGGGCGUCCGGCAGGAGUUUGUGCGUGUGGAGGAGCAUCCCUUCACGUCCGACAAAAAGUGGAUGGCGGUGCGCUGCGUUCACCGCACGCAGAAGGAUAAGGCGGGCGUGUUGUUCGUGAAGGGCGCCUACGAGCGGGUGAUCCGCUUCUGCGACUCGUACGACGGCCGAGGCGGCGCCUGUCCUCUGGACCAGCAGCGCUUGGAGCUCUACCGCCAGCAGAUCACCUACAUGGGCACCGCCGGUCUCCGAGUGUUGGCGUUUGCUUCCGGGCACGAGAUGGGAACUCUGACCUUCCUGGGCCUGGUGGGCAUCAUCGACCCGCCCAGGUCGGGGGUCAAAGAGGCGGUGGCCACGCUCAUCGGCUCGGGCGUCGCCAUCAAGAUGAUCACCGGCGACUCUCAGGAGACCGCCGCCUCCAUAGCCGGCCGUCUGGGCCUGUGGUCCAAAGGAGGCGAGUGCUUGUCGGGCGAGGAAGUCGACCGUCUGGACCUGCAGCAGCUGUCGCGGAUCGUCCCCCGAGUCUCCGUGUUCUACCGAGCCAGCCCCAGACACAAGCUCAAGAUUGUCAAGGUGAGCACAAAACCUUCGAGACGCGCAGACCGUCCUUUUGCCUUUGGCGCGCAGUCUCUGCAGAACACCGGCGCCGUGGUGGCCAUGACGGGCGACGGCGUGAACGACGCGGUGGCCCUGAAGGCGGCCGACAUCGGCGUGGCCAUGGGCCGGGCCGGAACCGACGUCUGCAAGGAGGCCGCCGACAUGAUCCUGGUGGACGACGACUUCAACACCAUCAUGUCGGCCAUCGAGGAGGGAAAAGGAAUCUACAACAACAUCAAGAACUUUGUGCGCUUCCAACUCAGCACGAGCAUCGCGGCGCUGACCCUCAUCUCCUUGGCGACGCUGAUGAACUUCCCCAACCCGCUGAACGCCAUGCAGAUCCUUUGGAUCAACAUCAUCAUGGACGGGCCGCCCGCGCAGAGUUUGGGCGUGGAGCCGGUGGACCGCGCGGUGAUCCUGAAGCCCCCCCGCAACGUUUCCGACAGCAUCAUCACCCGCGGCCUCAUCGGCAAGGUUCUGCUGUCGGCCUUGGUCAUCGUCUGCGGGACGCUCUUCGUCUUCUGGAGAGAGCUCCAGGACAACGUGAUCACCCCUCGCGACACCACCGUGACCUUCACCUGCUUCGUCUUCUUCGACAUGUUCAACGCGCUCAGCUCGCGCUCGCAGACACGCAUGGUGCACGAGAUGGGCCUGUGCAGCAACCGCACCUUCUGCCUGGCCGUGCUGGCGUCCAUCAUGGGCCAGCUGCUGGUGGUCUACUUCCCGCCGCUGCAGAGCGUCUUCCAGACCGAGAGCCUGAGCCUGUCCGACCUGCUGUCGCUGGUGGCGUUGACCUCGUCCGUGUGCGUCGUGUCGGAGGCCGUCAAGAAAGCGGAGAGGUGGCGAAGCGCGGCGCGGAGAGCGCCCUCCCCCGACUCCUUCCAUCAGGUAUGACGCAAAACGGGGCGACGGAAGGACGAAGCCCCUCGUUCUCACGCCCCCUCCCCCACCGGCGGCGGCCUCCGCCACUUCCUCCUCCUCCUCCUCCUCCUCCUCCUCCUCCCGCCGCCGCCGCCGCGUCACGGACGAUUACGGAACGACAACCGC